ACUAGGUAUUGCUUCAAGUUAAAUUUUAAAGCUACUUACCUAUAAUAAAAAUCUUUCUUUAAAUUUUAUUAUAUUACCAUCAUAAUUUACGGUCUGUGUUUGAAAUCCUCUAAAGGACACUGAGUGCCACGUAAAAAUUAAAGAAAAUUUUCAUAAAACAUUUCACCGUCUUUAAGUGUUGUGAUCAUAAUAUUAUGAGUUGAUUAGAGAAUAAUGAUAAAUAUUCUGCUCAAUAAUGACUAAUUUAAGGUAACUAAUUAAUAAAGAUUCAUAUGGGAAUAAGAAUUUAGAGGAAAAUGUCGGUACCACCGAUAAACUACAAUAUACCUCCACCAAGACUUGAUCACCCCCCGCCAGUUCCCUCUCCUGCUGUACCACCCUCUCAGUUAUAUAGUCAUCCUCCGCCUUUCCCUAUACCUACUGUUCCAGCUGUUGAUCAGCUACCACCUUACGUACUGCCACCUUUAAAUGUCCCCCCGCCGUCACUAUACUCUUCCGAUAUAUUAAAACAGCCUCCACCAGUCUCGGCUUAUCCACCUCCUGCAAUUCCUUCAGAUUAUCCUUAUCAAGGGCAUUCCAUAGAAACCUCUUUCAAAAGUCAACCUGAACCUAAUUUACAAGUAACAAGUUCAUACAAACAAUCAAGUCUACAUAUUGAAGUAAAUAAAAAUCUUUCACCAAAUGUUUCUGAUCGAAUAUAUCAUGAACAUUCAAGUGACAGAAGAUCAAGUUCUAAAAGUUCCUCGGAUAGAUACCACAGAUUGGAUAUGGAUUAUCCAUCAUCAUUUAAACAUAGAUAUUCACCUCAUAGAGAAAGAAGCUAUGACAGAUCGAGAGAAAGAUAUAGGGAAUAUAGGCAUAGAGAAUAUAGAUUGAGUCGAAGUCCUAGUUAUUCAAGGCGUCACCGCAGUAGAAGUCCUUCAAGUCACAGCUACAGAGACAGUAGAGAAAGAUAUUAUUCAAAAUAUGACCAUCAUAGAAGAUAUGAAUAUGAAAGGAGACGAAGUCCUCACUAUAGAGACUACAGAAGUCAUAGUCGAAGCUAUGAUUCUCAUUAUGACAGAAGAUGUAGGUCACCUAGUAGACUUAGUUAUUGUUCUUCAAGCAGAGAUUCCCAUCACCGUAGCCGCGCUAGAGACUUGUCUCCACAUUCUAGACAUGAAUCUGCUCCUCGUAAGCCUUUGACUGAUCGUGAAAAGAUUCUAGAGGAAUUUAGAAAAAAUUACUGUAAGACUUCUGAGGACUUUAUUGAAAGGAUGGAACAGUGGUCUAAAGAGCAUAAUUCUGAUGAAGAAGAAAAUUCAAAAAUGUGGUACAGAAGCUCUCCUGCAGAGUUAUAUUACAAGGCAUUUGAAAGUGGAGUACAACAGACAAAUAAAUUGGAGAAGUUGUGUGAUACAUUCUUUAAAACUCUUAUUGAAAGAGGUCGUAAUGCUAGACCAGAAGUAGAUGAACUACCACCUCUCAAACCACCAAAAGCUAAAAUGUGUAAUAAGCAUACAUUGGAAGAGAGAAGUUCAUCAUCAUGUGAAAGUGAUGAUUGUUUAGAUGAAGAUGGUUUACAAGGAUACACAGACAGGAUAAUGUUGGAAUUACAAAGAAAACAAAGCCACCCAAGACGACUUCAUCCAGAGAUGUGGUUCAACAACACGGGCCAGAUGAAUGGUGGUCCGCUUUGCCGUUGCAGCGCGAGGGCUCGCCGUCACGGCAUGCGCCACGGAGUAUACGCUGGCGAGCAAUCCUUCCCCAAGUGUAUACCCACACAUAGCAACAUUAAUAAACUCUACCAUUACCGUAUUACUGUAUCUCCACCAACGAAUUUCCUUAUAAAGGCACCAACAAUUAUAGGUCACGAUGAACAUGAAUUUCUUUUCUCUGGAUUUUCAAUGUUCUCUCACUACAAGCUGGCUAAACUCCCCACGUGUAAAGUAAUAAGGUUCAAUAUUGAAUACACAAUACUUUAUGUUGAAGAACCAGCACCACAAAACUUCACCAUCCGAGAGUUAGAUUUAUUUGAGGAAUACCUCUUUACUGAACUUUUAGAAUUAGUUGAUUUGGACCUUGGAAAAGCUACCGACGUAUCCUGUUCACAAUUCCACUUUAUGCCUCGGUUUGUUCGAUAUCUACCGGAAGGAGGUUGCGAGGUACUAUCUAUGUGUGAAGUUUUGAAAUAUCUCAUAGACGAAAGUGGACUGUUGAUACCGCCAGAAACUUUAGAAGACGUCCACAAUAUGGAUCACUACACUUGGCAGAAAUUUGUUGAUAGAAUUAAAGGAAUGAUAGUUACAUAUCCAGGCAAAAAACCUUGUUCCAUUCGCGUGGAUCAGUUAGACCGAAGCCCGCCAAUUAGUACCAAAGAUGUCAAAAAUCCUAAGGAAUUAAAGUCAUUCUAUCCUGAAAUUGUGCAUUUCGGUAUAAGGCCUCCGCAGCUGAGUUAUGCUGGAAACCCAGAAUACCAGAAAGCAUGGCGGUACUACGUAAAGUACCGUCAUUUGAUUGCCAAUAUGGCCAAACCAUCGUUUAAGGAGAAACAGAAAUUGGCAGCUAAGGAGGCCAAACUUCAAGAAAUGAGGACUCAGAGUAAGAUGAAGAGAGAUGUUACAGUUGCUAUAUCAUCUGAGGGAUUUCAUACUACUGGUCUCAUGUGUGAUGUUGUGCAACAUGCAAUGUUAAUCCCAGUAUUAGUGCGUCACCUUCGCUUCCACAAAUCACUGGACAGUUUGGAAAAAAAGAUAGGUUAUGUUUUCGAACAACGGCUACUGCUGCAGACGGCGCUAACUCAUCCCUCCUAUAGAGAGAACUUUGGUACAAAUCCGGAUCACGCGAGAAACAGUCUCACCAAUUGUGGCAUACGACAGCCAGAGUACGGCGAUAGGAAGAUUCACUAUACUAGGAAGAAAGGCAUCGUUACAUUAAUAAACAUAAUGUCUCGAUUCGGAAAACAUAAUGAAACUGAGUCGGAAAUAAAGCACAACGAACGUUUAGAAUUCCUCGGUGACGCCGUAGUAGAGUUUCUCUCGUCUAUACAUCUGUUUCGAAUGUUCCCUGGCCUCACCGAAGGCGGAUUGGCAACGUAUCGGGCGUCUAUUGUUCAGAAUCAACAUUUGGCACAACUUGCUAAGAACAUAUCCCUGGAACAGUUCAUGCUGUACGCACACGGUUCCGACCUGUGCCGUGAAGUGGUGAUGCGCCACGCGAUGGCCAACUGUUUCGAAGCGCUCAUGGGGGCGUUAUUCCUCGACGCUGGCUUAGAGGUAGCGGAUCGAGUAUUUGCUUUGGCUCUUUGGUACAGUGAGCCCGAUUUAUUGGAAGUGUGGACGAAAGAGCGCGCCCACCCAUUACAGGAACAAGAACCGCUCGGCGAUAGGAAAUACAUAAAAGAUUUCGAGUUCUUGCAAAGGUUGACAGAAUUUGAAGAGUCUAUCGGUGUAGUAUUCAAACACAUUCGUUUACUGGCCCGAGCGUUCACCGACCGCUCAGUUGGAUUCACCCAUUUGACGCUGGGCUCCAAUCAGCGUCUAGAGUUCCUAGGCGAUACAGUGCUGCAGCUUGUUGUCUCUGAUCGGUUGUAUAGAUACUUCCCUGAUCACCACGAGGGACAUCUUUCGUUGCUCCGCUCGUCGUUGGUGAACAAGCGCACGCAAGCGAUGGUGUGCGAUGACCUUAACAUGUCCGCAUACGCUAUAUACAACAACCCUAAAGCAAAGCCGACCACUAAGAAACAUAAAGCCGAUUUGCUCGAGGCAUUUUUGGGCGCUUUAUUCAUUGAUAAAAACUUGGAGUAUUGCCAAGCAUUUUGUAACGCAUGCCUGUUCCCGCGGCUGCAGGAGUUCAUCAUGAACCAGGCGUGGAAUGACCCCAAGUCCAAACUGCAGCAGUGCUGCCUCACGCUGCGCUCUAUGGAGGGCGGCGAGCCAGAUAUACCCUUAUACAAAGUCAUCAAGUGCUUGGGUCCGACGAACACGCGCGUGUACGAGGUGGGCGUGUACUUCCGCGGCACGCGGCUGGCCUCCGCCUGCGGUCACUCCAUACAGGAGGCCGAGAUGAAUGCGGCCGAGCACGCGCUCGCCGCCGCGCAUGAGCUAUUCCCCCAACUGGAUCACCAAAAGAGAGUCAUCGCAAAGAGCAUGAAGAAAAAGAGUCGCCACGGAGACGGUCACGAGAGUCCAUCGGAGAGCAGCCAUUCUAGGCAUUUCGAAAACAGGGUGCCUAAAGCUUACAGACUCAACAAGGACUCGGAAAGCUCGGACGAUAGCAGUGUUCACGCUUCUCCUCCUUCCGAUGAUGAUAGUAAGCAGCUGGAUAAAUCAGACAUUGACGAUAGUGAUGAUGAUAAAUCAGAUGAUGAUUCAGGCUUAGUCAGUGAUACAGAGUCGACAGACAAGUUGGAGAAUGUGAAAGUAAGCUCAUUGUUAAGCGAUAUGGAAAAGAUCAAAGAAGAUCUAAUAAGACGGAAUGAAUAUGAGAAAUUAAAGGAGAAAUGUAAACGAUCGGAUUCCGACGACGAUUGAACUAAUGAUGAUUAAUUAUAAACCGAUGUAAUUCUAUACUAAUGUGAUUAUAUACAUUUGUAUAUAUUUUGCAAAAAUUGCUAACAAUCUUAAUAAGCCCUUUUAUCAAAAUUGGGCAUUCAAAGUUAUUUUUUUUAUGUAAAUCGAAAAACGAGGUUUUUUUUUAUACAACUUAGAAUGGCAAACAAGCUGACGGCCCACCUGAUGGAAAGUGGUAACCGUCGCCUAUAGACAUGAGCAGUACCAUGGACAUAACAGAGUAUACUGUUUCGCCCAUGAUACCCCCAUGCGUUACCAUCCCUGAGGACUCAGGUGUUAUUCCUAGGGUACAUAGGAAUAACACCUAUAUUACUAUUACCAUAUAUUACCACGUAAAUUCACGCAAUAUCCCACCCUUCAAACUGAAACACAGCCAUGCACAACUGCUUCACGGUAUACACACGAAUAGGACAGAGGUACCCAAGCAAUAGACUUGUACAAAGUCUCCCUCUGGUAAGGUAUAAAUAAAACGGAUAAAAGCAAUAUUAUAUAAUGAAUGGAUAAAAACCUUUAUAUUGCUACAAUAUUAAGGUACAUUAGGCAUGUAUUGAUUAAUUUAUAUUGUUACUCCAAUAAAAAUAUAUUUCAUGAUUGAUUUCUAAAUAUGUAAAUAGGAAAACAGUUAUGUUUUAGAUAUACUAUAUUGUAAGUUAUGACAUUAAGUUAAAGUUAUUAAAAACAAUUCUCAUAGCAA